AUGGCGACUUCUAUGCAAUUCGGUCCCGAGUGGAUGCGCAAAGGCCCCAACAGCAAAUCUGGCGGCAAGGAAAAUGCUCCCUCCGCUACACCUUCAGCCGCUACAAGCCCCGGCACCGGUCCCAUGACGGGCGGAGGCAAUAGCGCGAAGCGCAAUGGUGGAAUCGGUGGACUUGCAAAUCUAUCCGGUCCGACACCUGUUGUCAGCCCUCCUGUGAGCUCUCCCGGCGCCUUCUCGUUUGCAGCCGCAGCAGCUGCAGCAACGGCGCAGAACUCGGAACGCAAUGGAUCGCAUUCUUCCACUCCGCAUGGCUUCUCUGGUAUUGGUGGUGGCAGCGGCGGCGGCGAGAGUGACGCUUCUACGCCUUUGCUCAAUGGUACUUCCGCUGCUUUGGCCAAGGACAAGGCGAUGCGUGAGAAGCUGCUGAGUCUGUACAGCUCGGAUCGCUCGAGCAAGAUAGCCAGUGCUGAGCCUUGGCCGGUCGAUGCAGCUCCACCUAUAGGCAGCGGCAACGCGGGACCUGAACGCUCUACCAGCACUUCUCGCAGAAAGGGUGGAUCGGACCGUCGUCCUUCCGCCUUUGCCGAACUUGGAGCAAUCGGCGGAGGACCCGUUUCGCCUGCUCUGGUUGGCAACGAGCCUCGUGGUCUCAACGCUCGCUCGACUUCGGCAAGCUUUGGAUCCGCUGGCACUUUGAAUUCGGACAAAGCCGAGAAGGAGCGUCCUGGUCUCUUUCAGCGUGCUUCGAGCGGUGCUCUGGCCGGGGUGAAUACCAACUCAGGCUCACGUCCUCUCUCGCCCUCGGUCUCCCGUGAUCGCUUCAGCGGUAUUCAGGGAGGUGUGCUAUCCGGUGUAGCACCUCCUGCUCGCAAGAGAAUGGAAAGCAGCGAUGGUGGAGCUGCUGGCCUCCUGGAGCCUACCCGCACUGGUCGUUCCAUCAAAAGCAGUCAAGAUGAGACCAACCCAUCGCAGCAGUCGUCGAAUGGCGUCAAUGGCGGUGCUAUGGGCUCUUGGGGUCGCUCUGCUAGUGGCCAGACCGGAUCUGGAGCAAUCAUUGCUGGUGCUUUCUCAGAUGCAUUCAGCUCGAAUCGCGUCAGAGGCAGAAUUGCAUCGGCUGCUGCCGAAAAUGCCAGUCUUGCGACUGCCACACCGGCUCAGCCGAUCGUGCCAAGCGGCAAUCCCGAAGGCUUGAGCAUUUCCGCUCGAUUCGCACGCCACAAAGAUCGCUUGCCCGGCGAAGGUCCCAUCGGCCCUCCUUCCGAUGGCAGUAUUGGCUUCGGCAAGUCGACUGGCUUUGAGAGACGGCGUGAGCGCCAGAUCAGUCAGGCUGCUAAGCCUUAUGCCUCGAGGGGCGACGCUGGAAUUGGUGCUGCUCCCUCCGCUUUCACCGAAAAGUCAGGCAUCCAAGCACAGCACUUGACUGGCCAGAACGCAGGUGCAGGCCAACAACACCCUCUCAACAGCGACGACGCUGAUCUUGCUCAGCACGCCUCCACCCUCUUGGGUUCGCUGAAGCUCGAUCAGGAUGACAGUCCCCGCUUGCCCACCAACGCCCCUCUCGCUGGUGACGAGCAGAACAUCAACCCGGAUCCUCUCGCCAACAACAACAACCACGCAGACAACUUCCAUCCCAGACAACACUUUGACCAACAGCAGCACCAGAAUCCCAACUCGCAUUCGCAAGCAUCCAUGAACAUCGCUUCCUGGUCACCCGAGACCUCUAUGUGGCUCUACAGGGAUACGCAGGGCAACGUGCAAGGCCCCUUCAACAGUCUCAUGAUGCAAGAUUGGUAUUCGCAGCAGUACUUUACUGAUGAUCUGCCUAUCAGGCGUCAGGAGGAUGCUGACUUUAGGCCUCUCGCUCAGGUGGUUGCUGCGGUUGGCAAUGCUUUACAGCCGUUUGUUAUUCCUCCUUCGAACUGGCUUUACAGCCCUAACCUACCUCGACCUCCGUUCGACAGCAUCUUGGGUCGAGACAACCUGCGUGGCAGCGAGCAGCAGAGUCGCUUUACUGAUGCCUUUGACAGCAAUCGCUCUUGGCCUGGACCAGCCGCUAGACAGCAGCAAGGCUGGCCUGCACAAUUGGGCCUGGCGGGUCUCGGCAACGUCGGUCCCUCUCCAGCUUCCCCUUUCGGCCGCCCUGACGUCUUCUCGGCAGGUCAAGCUGGUCUCCGUAAUCAAGACGAGAUCAUCUCAAUCAUUCGCGAGCGUGAGUUGCAGGAGCAACGUCAAGCAGCCGCUGCCGCAUCGCGCGGUCCAGCUGGUAUGAGCUUGGGUCAGCUCGAUGGAUUUGGUGGUGGUCUUGAUCGAUCUGGCUGGGGUGUUGAGUCUGCUAUGUCGCCUUCUCCUUGGGCCGGCAUGGGUCAUAGCAGUCUCGGUCAAUUUGGCGAUGUCGGUGGUCUUGGCGCUCAACAUCAGAGUCCUUUGGUUGGUGGUGAUCGACCUGCGUUUGACAACUUCGCUCAUCAGCAGAAGCAGACUUUUGAUCAAACUGGCAAUCCUUGGACUGAAAAAGCUUCGCUGGCACCUCGAUCGCAUCCCAUGGCAGGGGCAGGUCAGUGGGGCGAGCAACCGCAGCAGCAACAACAGCAACAGGCCGCGCCUUGGAACUUUUCCGCCACCACACCCGAUGUGAACAACCGUCAGAUGGAUUUUAGCGAGGGCAUCUUGAGGAACGAGGCGAUCAAAGCUGCCGAUCCUAUUGGAACGCCUCGACGUGCUCGUUCGCCUGCUCCUCAGCAUCACCAUGAUGUUGGAGCAGCGGCAGAGCACAGGGAUGAGCAGCAAAAGUCGUUCGAAAAUGCUUUUCCUGCUCCUACUCUGGCUGAGCAGCAGGCUGCGAACAACCAAGCCGCCCCUGCUGCUGCUGAAGCGAAGCCUGCAAGCGAGCAAAGGAUUGAGUCUAGCAGCACCGAGGCUGCCAAGCCCGCCGCUGCUGCUUCCACCCCUCAGAAGAAGCUCAGCAAGAAGGAAGCGCAAAAGGCUGCUGCUGCUGCUGCCACCCCUACCAAGACUCAGGAACCCGCUCAGCCUGCCAAGACGGCCGAAACCGAGAUCCCACCACCCGAAGCCUUCACUGCGAGCGAGCCUCGACCUGAAGAGCUCUGGCCUCAAAGUCCUAAAGCAGUCGAAUUCGCCUCCGAACCCGAACUUUCCGGUAUGCCCGCUCUCACACUCUCCAACAAGCGUGAGCAGCGUUCCGCCCUCCAGCGACAAACCUCUGAACGCAAUGUUCCUGGUUCUGGCGAGACGGCUGCUUCUCGCACCUCCGCCAACCGCCCUACUGGAGCGAGCAACGUCCGUGUUGUCACGUCAGACCAAUUCCGUCGGCCCAAAGAAUCCGAAUCUACCUCGGCUUCGGGCACUCAAGCUUCGCUUUCAGACUGGCCCAACGACGGAAAUGCCAGCGACUCCUCCGCUCCCGCAAGCAAACCAGCUCCAUGGGCAGCGAAAGAUGAUUCUAACCCCCAAAGCACCGGCCCUAGCUUGAGGGAGAUUCAAGAAGCGGAAGCGAAGAGAGCUGAAGCUAAGCGUGCGGCUGAAAAAGCCGCUGCUCGUGCACGGUUGGCUACUGCUUCGCCUUCGGGGGGUGAAGAGUUGCCGACUACUUUGAGUUGGGGUUUGGCUUCUGCGCCUGCUGCCAUUGCCAAAACUGCUGCGGGGGGUGAAGGUGCGAGUGGUGGGGCUAGUGCUGGUGGUCCGGCAGCUCCAGCUUGGAACGCAGGCAAGGCGGCUCCGAAGAAGACUCUGAUGGAGAUUCAGGAAGAGGAGAGGAAGAGAGCGGAGAAACUCAAAGCUCAGCAGAUUGCGUUGAGGAAAGGCUAUGCUGAUUCGGCGUCGAGGACUGCAGGUGGGAACUUGCAUGGUGCGGUGGUUGCAUCUACUACCAACGCCGCUUCGGGUGGCGGUGGAGCUUGGUCGGUGGUAGGGGCGAGUGGAAAACCAACGACUCCCUCUACUACACCCUCCUCCUCUACCAACGCUACUGGUGCUGCUGCUGCUUCACCUCUUGCUAGUCGCCCAACUCUCACCUCUACUCGAUCAACAAGCACCACCACCACCACCGCCCCAACCUCGUCUUCCGGUGCCGGAGCAUGGUCUGUAGUCGGCAGCGCCGUAAACACGGCUACGAAAUCCACCCCUGCCUCCCCCUCCCCCGCUACCCGAACCGCUUCAUCAACGCUCACCAAACCUCGUCCAUCGACCUCCACCGAUCCCAACGCACCUUCCCCAGAAUUCAUCAGGUACUGCAAAGACAACCUCGCAGGCCUUCACAUCAAUAAGGACGAUUUCAUCGAUAUGCUCCUUCAGUUUCCACUCGACCCCAGUUCGGAUGUGAUCGAGAUUAUUGCCGAUACCGUUUAUGCCAACUCGGGUACACUCGAUGGAAGACGAUUUGCCUUGGAUUUCGUGUCCAAGCGCAAGUUGGAUGUACAGGGUAGGGGUGCGGAUGCCGCUGGUGCAGGUGGCAUGGCAAGUUUCGGCGCCGGUGUGAAACAGAGUGCGGUGAAAACGGGUGGUAAGACGGGAGUAAGUGGUAGUGUACCAGGUGCAGCAACGGGCGGUGAGGCAUUUAAGGUUGUGAAGAAAGGAGGGAAGAAACGUGCUUAG